AUGAUUCACGCCGCAGAAUGGCAGAGGCCGGGGUUAAGAGUAUGGGUGGCCAGAGUGCAGCCGGGACGUCCCACUGCGCAGCGGGUGCAGACCGGAUUAGCCGCGGCGGCGUGUGGACGGGUGGAUGACGGGGGGAGGGCUCUCGGGGGGAUGUUUCUGCAGACCGGAGAAGAGCUCAUCCAACCAGAGCCCAGAGAGUGUGGCUCCUGGAUGACCCUGGACACUGUGCACCGCUCUGGGGAGAGGGAGCUACACACGCCCAAAGAUAUGAAGAGGUGGUUUAUGUGGAAGGUCUUGGCAGGGAUUGAGGGAUUCAACCGUGAAUAUCAUCUCAGCGCUUGA